AUGCAGCUGGAGCACUGCCUCUCUCCUUCUAUCAUGCUCUCCAAGAAAUUUCUCAAUGUGAGCAGCAGCUACCCGCAUUCAGGCGGAUCCGAGCUUGUCCUGCACGAUCAUCCCAUUAUCUCGACGACUGACAACCUGGAGAGAAGUUCACCUUUGAAAAAAAUUACCAGGGGGAUGACGAAUCAGUCAGAUACAGACAAUUUUCCUGACUCCAAGGACUCACCAGGGGACGUCCAGAGAAGUAAACUCUCUCCUGUCUUGGAGGGGGUCUCUGAGCUUCGUCACAGUUUCGAUGGCUCUGCUGCAGAUCGCUACCUCCUCUCUCAGUCUAGCCAGCCACAGUCUGCGGCCGCUGCUCCCAGUGCCAUGUUCCCGUACCCCGGCCAGCACGGACCCGCGCACCCCGCCUUCUCCAUCGGCAGCCCCAGCCGCUACAUGGCCCACCACCCGGUCAUCACCAACGGAGCCUACAACAGCCUCCUGUCCAACUCCUCGCCGCAGGGCUACCCGGCGGCCGGCUACCCCUACCCCCAGCAGUACGGCCACUCCUACCAGGGAGCUCCGUUCUACCAGUUCUCGUCCACGCAGCCCGGGCUCGUGCCGGGCAAAGCGCAGGUGUACCUGUGCAACAGGCCCCUGUGGCUGAAAUUUCACCGGCACCAAACGGAGAUGAUCAUCACCAAACAGGGAAGGCGCAUGUUUCCUUUUUUAAGUUUUAACAUUUCUGGUCUCGAUCCCACGGCUCAUUACAAUAUUUUUGUGGAUGUGAUUUUGGCGGAUCCCAAUCACUGGAGGUUUCAAGGAGGCAAAUGGGUUCCUUGCGGCAAAGCGGACACCAAUGUGCAAGGAAACCGGGUCUAUAUGCAUCCGGAUUCCCCCAACACGGGGGCUCACUGGAUGCGCCAAGAAAUCUCUUUUGGAAAAUUAAAACUUACAAACAACAAAGGAGCUUCAAACAACAAUGGGCAGAUUACACAACUGAAAAUAGAUCACAACCCCUUUGCAAAAGGAUUUCGGGAUAAUUAUGACACGAUCUACACCGGCUGCGACAUGGACCGCCUGACCCCCUCGCCCAACGACUCCCCGCGCUCGCAGAUCGUGCCCGGCGCGCGCUACGCCAUGGCCGGCUCUUUCCUGCAGGACCAGUUCGUAAGCAACUACGCCAAGGCCCGCUUCCACCCGGGCGCGGGCGCGGGCCCCGGGCCGGGCACGGACCGCAGCGUGCCGCACACCAACGGCCUGGGCGAGGAGGCCGAGGGCCUGGCCGCCGAGCGCUCGCCGCUGCCGCCCGGCGCCGCCGAGGACGCCAAGCCCAAGGACCUGUCCGACUCCAGCUGGAUCGAGACGCCCUCCUCCAUCAAGUCCAUCGACUCCAGCGACUCGGGGAUUUACGAGCAGGCCAAGCGGAGGCGGAUCUCCCCCGCAGACACGCCGGCGUCCGAGAGCUCGUCGCCGCUCAAGAGCGAGGUGCUGGCCCAGCGGGACUGCGAGAAGAACUGCGCCAAGGACCUGGGCAGCUACUACGGCUUCUACUCGCACAGCUAG